AGGGAAUGUUGACAGUGAUAUGUUUCCUUGUACACCUGAAGGAAAGAGCAGCGACUCUGUAAAUGUUUUACCCAUAUCUUCUUCCAUGAAAGACGAGCAAUGCACCAUUUGUCUGUCGGAGUUUGAAGAAAAGAAGACACUUGAAAUAUGUGGUCAUUCAUUUUGUACAAGCUGCAUUGAAGAGGCAUUUAAACAUAACAAAAAAUGUCCCGUGUGCUCCUAUGUGUACGGUGUUAUCAUCGGUGAUCAACCAGAAGGAACGAUAUCUUUCACUCUUUUCUCUCAACCUUUGCCUGGUUACCCUUCAUGUAAAACCAUUUGUAUAAAAUAUAGUUUUCCACAAGGUAUUCAGGGUAAAGAACAUCCUAAUCCAGGCAAGCCAUAUCAAGGAACAACACGACAUGCGUAUCUUCCUGACAAUAAAGACGGAAACAAAGUGCUUAGAUUACUCCAAAAAGCUUUCGAGCAAAAACUGACCUUUACUAUUGGACGGUCGUCAACAACUGGUGCAGAAGGUGUUAUAACUUGGAAUGACAUUCAUCAUAAAACUAACAUGAAUGGAGGCCCAUCAGCAUAUGGUUACCCUGAUCCAACAUACCUUAAACGGGUCCAGGAAGAAUUGGCUUCCAAAGGAAUUGUUGAAUAAUAUACGGACAAUGUUUCAAGAAUUUUAUAGCCUUUAUUUGGUUAGCCUUUGUGAAGAACAUCGUUACAUUUUCCAUUUAGUUUUAUGUACACACAUUCAAUGUUUGUACAGAUUUUUUGUAAUCAACUGUUGCUUCGGGGGGGGGGUUGGGGGACCGAGCACUUUAAUCCAAUGAAAUAGCUUCAAUGUAAUAAGAAUGGUUGUUAGUAUUGUUUCUUUAAUGCGUUUAAUCUUUUUAAUUUAUCAUGUCAUAGCUACUGAAAAACAUAUUUUUAUCUUGGCUUAUUAACACGUGACAAUGUAGACAUUUGUUGUAAUUAAAUCAGUGAUCAUAUGUCACUAUGUUUUAAAUGUAUAUGGAAAUUGCCAA